UUUCUCUGCUUCAGCACUAAUGGCUCUGUUAAUGUCUUCUGCUGUCCCCACGGCGCACGUUAGCUGCUCCACGAUUUCAUCUCCUUCCCUUCUGCGAAGUCUCAAAUUCCCUCGCUUCUGGCCAUGGCAAAAGGUUAAGAUCGGACCGUUGAGUGUAUCGCCAAUGGGGUUUGGGACAUGGUCGUGGGGAAAUCAGCUGCUAUGGGGAUAUAAGGAAGCCAUGGACGCCGAGCUUCAGCAGACCUUCAAUAUCGCCGUCGAGAAUGGAAUAAACCUAUUCGAUACAGCCGAUUCUUAUGGCACUGGAAGGCUGAACGGACAGAGCGAGAAGCUUCUCGGCAAGUUCAUCCGUGAAUUUCCAGGAAAUAAAGAGCUGAGGGAGGACGUCGUCAUUGCAACAAAGCUUGCUGCAUAUCCAUGGCGGUUGACGCCUACUCAGUUUGUCGAUGCUUGCCAGGCUUCAUUGGAUAGGCUUCAACUCGACCAGAUCGGAAUAGGACAGCUGCACUGGUCGACAGCAAAUUAUGCGCCGCUGCAAGAGCGAGCACUUUGGGAUGGUUUAGUCGCAAUGUACGACAAGGGGCUCGUGCGCGCUGUUGGAGUGAGCAAUUAUGGACCAAAGCAGCUACUAAAAAUACAUGACUACCUCAAGGCCAGAGGAGUGCCCCUGUGCUCUGCUCAGGUGCAAUUUUCACUGCUAAGCAUGGGAAAGGAUCAGAUGGAGAUCAAGAAUAUAGGCAACUCGUUGGGUAUUCGAGUCAUCGCUUAUAGUCCACUAGGACUAGGUAUGCUUACCGGAAAAUAUUCGCCCUCAAACCUUCCAACCGGGCCUCGGGGGAUUCUGUUUCGACAAAUUAUACCAGGGCUGAAGCCUCUGCUGAAUUCCCUUGAAGAGAUUGCAGCAAAAAGGCAAAAAACAAUGUCUCAGGUCGCCAUAAACUGGUGCAUCUGUAAAGGCACCAUACCAAUUCCGGGAGUCAAGUCAGUCGAACAAAUAGAGGAAAACUUGGGGGCACUAGGAUGGCAACUCAGUUUAGAUGAGGUGACAGAGUUAGAAACUGCAGCUCUCGGCUCAUCCCGAAGGAUGAUUCAAAACAUAUUCCAGACAAGGUAAAUUAAAUGUCCUACUUACAUAGCAUUUAAAUCAAACUUCGCAUAAUUUCUACACUAAAAUGUCCCGUCGGAGGCUUAUGUACCCACAAUGAUUUUAGAAAGGUAGAUGGCCUCAUUCCAGGUGUUUUUUGUCAAGAAAAAACUUUAGGCAUUAUAAGAAGCAAAGAUCACAUUUUCCACUUGAGAAAUCAAAGGAAAUAUUCAAAAAUAGCACAAUAACUAUAGCCCAAAUAGAUCGUGUUCACCAAUUAUAAGCUACAUGAAAAACUCAUUCCAAAUAGGGAUAGGUCCAAUUUCUGUGAUGGAAAAACUCAAUUGUACCACAAGCAUAAACUAGAAAUAGGAAAGAAACGGCGAAUGCAUUCGAACCAG